GAAACUUCAGGCUCUAAGACAGUUGAGGCAGUUGCAGCAGUGGUCUCUGCAGAGCUUCAUUUUGAAAGCCCUUUGUAGGUGUGGAAAGAUGGCUCAUACCCGGAUCUCCAUGUACAUGCCUCCUGUCAUCGACCCCACACAGGCUGCCAUUUCCUAUGGCUGUUGGGCCUUGCCCAAGCUGAAUGAGGAACUGCAGUCAGAGGAUCUGCUGACAAGGCAGAAAGCCCUUAUGGCGCUGUGUGACCUCAUGCAUGACCCUGAGUAUGUCUACCAGGCCAUCAGCAUAGGCUGCCUGGAGAGUCUGAAGGCUCUGUUGAAGGACAGUGAUAACCUGGUACGGAUAAAGACCACGGAGGUACUCUACAUCAUGGCAACCCAUAAUGUGGGCAGAACAGGCUUUUUAGAGCAUGGCAUCAUCCUCGCCCUGUCCCUCCUGCUGAGUGAUCACCAGAGAGAAUGCCGGGAGAACCUGCAUCAGGCAUACAAGCACCUGGUCCAGUUGCCUGCAGAUGCUGACCCAGCUCUAAUGACAGUGGUAGACUCUACCGUGUCCCUGACCCUGAUGGGUGAAACCUAGGCUUGGGUCAGGCCCUGGUGGUGGAGGUGAAGAACCUUCUUUAAAUACAUCACAUUUAUUUUUCUUAAAUAAAAACAAAGCAGAAAACCGCACCAAUAACAAGAGGACGUGGCAGAGGCUUAUGUACAUGUAUCCCAC